AUGAGUCACUGUGUUGUGUGGUGUCCCUACCACCAACUUGGACAUAUUCAGCGACUCCAGAGCAUACAAGAUCGCUUUGUUAGGAUAAUUGGUACCAAGCUGGGAUACAACUACAGUGAAGUUCCCUUGGAGUUGGUAGCGGAUCAAUUGGGGCUGGCUCCAUUAUAUGCGAGAAGGAGACUGCAUGACCUGGUGUUUCUACAGAAGAUCCUCACUGGAGAUGUCGAUUGCUCGGAGUUACUCCACCUCAUCAAUCUCAGAGUACCUGGUAGAACUCGGUCUCUGGACAUCUUCUGUGUACAGCAUUGCUCCACCAACUAUGAAUUUCACAGUGUCAUCCCCAGAUUACACCGGCUUGAUGGACAAAACCUGUCGCCUCUCGCUCAGGUAGCUGCAGAACCACGCUAG